AUGUUUCGUGCUAAUCGGAGUCUUUCGAGCGACGCGUUCGAAGCGUACCGUUUGGCCCCGCGCCAAGAUGCCUAUACGCGCAUAUACCCAUUGCCAAAGCGUGUAUAUGUACACAGUGCUCAGGCAGGCGCGAGACUGGGAUACAAGGAGCUCAAGGCCCAGGCAGACUACCCCGUGGCGGCCAUCGUGCAAAAUGAGCUGAGUUAUGUCGCAGAAGAUGGCUCGCUGAUACAUGCAGCAAUCGGCAUGGAUAUCUCAUUUCGAGUGCAAGAUACGCCAUAUGCGAAUGCCGGUGUAUUUGAUGGGUCGCAAUGCAUGCCGACCCUUUCUCGCAUGGGCAAUGCAUGGGUGCUCAGUGGAACUGGGACAAGCCUCCUUGCGAUACACGGAGACGCACAUACGCAAGUGGAAGUGCCAGGCGUAGAACACGACGGCGAAGCCAUGCCAUGGCACGUCAUGCAUGCACAAGAAUCGUAUGCUCUUCUGCAACGAGCUGUCCGCCACUCGCCGUCGACCUACUUUGAUGUGGUGUGUGUGUCCCUCUCUGAUGACCGCGCACAUAUCCUGUGGCACGUCACCUGCGACCAUCCUGUCACAUAUGCAUUGUGCAAUGGCCCUGAAGCUUUGUUGGCAGCAGAAACACCCGUCUCCCUUCCUACGCGAGACACCCCCAAACCGCUGCCCUGGUACGCCUGGAGUCAGACCCCUGACGAUGUGAGCUGUUCCAUCACUCUGCCCCUAUCUGUGAGCAAAGAUGACGUUCGCGCGACAUUCAAGCCUCAGGGAUUCUCCCUGUCGUUAUGCCCGCCUCACGCCCGCAUCUACGAUCAUCCACCACAGAGUGCUGAAGAGCAUCUCCUGCAGGGCACCAUGGAAAACUGUACAUUAUGGGCAUCUAUCCUAGCAGACGAAAGUACAUGGUCCUGGGAGACAAGUCCACACAACGCGAAGCUCGUUUUGCACAUGACCAAGGCACAUUCAGGUACACGUUGGCCGAGUCUGCUGGUCAACGACGAUAGCGUCCCAGAGACGCUCGAUGCCACCGAUAUGGCACCUAUGAUGGAUCGCCUCGAUCCAUACACAUCCUCUCGCCUCUUACAAGAUGGUUUGGAAGACGAAGACUUUGACAUGGGCACACCAUGGCAUCUUUCGUACAUUGAUGCGAAUGGCAAGGUACUCCAUGCCCAAGACCAGGUCUCGUUCCUCGCACGCAGUAUACCCUCGAGUCGUGAUCCAGCUGUGCUGCUCAAGCAUGAUAUGGAUGGUCAUGUUUUCACACCACCCUCGCCCAUCUCGUUCUUUGCAUGGACGCACACAGAAACUGUGCCGGCCAUCAGCUACGUUCUUGCAUCCAAGCGCGACGCUCAUCCGAUAUACAUGUACCGCGGCACGUCCAUGACAUGGAUCAUAGCCGUCGAGACGCGUACGUCCACGUCACAGAGUCUGGUGUAUGUAUAUGGCAUCGGACACAACGAAGCGGGGCCGUCGACGUCAGGUUGGUGUCGUAUACACCCACUAGAAGUCGGACCCGUGCUGGAUGUGAUGGUCAUACCGUCACGACAUGAGCUCGUGUGCUUGUGCGAGUCUUCAAUUGCGAUUAUCACUCAUGCGCUGCUGGGAUGA